AUGUCCAACGUCAAGCUCUACUACUUCCCAGGCGCUUGUUCACUGGCACCGCAUAUCCUCCUCCUCGAAACUGGCCAUGCCUUCACCACCAAACAAGAAGUUCGAGGCGGCUCUGACGAGCUCCGCGCUUUAAACCCCAAAGCCAAGGUCCCUGUCCUCACAAUCGACGACACGGUCAUCACUGAAAACAUCGCUAUCCAGACUGCAAUCUCCAACCUUGCACCAGAGAAGAACCUCCUCGGUGCCCCGGGAAGCCUGGAGUCGGUCAGAAUCCUGGAGUGGCUUGCAUGGAUAGCUACCUCGAUCCAUGCCACUGGGUUUGGGUUGUAUUUCCGUCCGUUCCGAUUCACCACAAGCUCCGAUGAGAAGGCCCACGAGGAAAUCAAGGUUCGGGCUAAGGAAAUGCUCAAAGAUGCGUUUGAUCUUGUUGAGGAAAAGUUGACUGGAAUUCAUGCUGUGGGUGAUCGAUUUACCGCGGCGGAUGCUUAUUUGUAUGUGUUCUAUCGCUGGGGCUCAAAUAUUUGGGAUAUGGAAGCGACGUUCCCCAAGUAUGCGGCCUUGGCGGCAGCGGUUCAAGCUAGAGAGUCGACAAUCAAGGCUCUCAAGGAUGAAGGUUUGUGA